AUGUCCGCUGCAAGACUGAGUCAGCAAUUUAGAGACAUUGCGAAUAAAGUAGACCAGCUUGCUACCAAUUACACGGGUAGUGAUGGCGAGGUGCUCGAUUACAUUUUUGAUGAUGACGAUCUUGAAACAGGACUUGAGAAACUAUGGGACAUGAUACCAUCUCGGUGGAGAGAUAGGUUGCAACCAAAGCCAAAUCGUUUAUAUUCGCAGCUUCGCCGAAACUACAAGGGAAAAUCACUUGAUAAGUUCACUGAGGAGACGGUUUGGAAUUGGGCUCUUACACCAGAAUUAUUCUACAAGUAUGGAUCUACAGAAACUGUUCAACACAAUUCUAAGCUUUUUGAUACCAUAUUUUCUUCGCUGAUACGCGUCGAAGAAUUGGUCGACCAAAGGUUCAAGGAAAUCAGCGAUACGAAUAUUCUAGCGCAAUCUCUUAUACAACAUGGUCUUAUAUCCAACAAGAUUGGUGAUAUGGCAAAAGGCAGACUUAAUACAUGGAUUCUUGCUGGCAGAAAAUAUAAGAGCCUAGCAGAUGCUUUGGGGGGAAGAGGGGCUCUCAUUUAUCUGCCCGAUUAUAGUCACUCAUUAUAUGAAACCUUGUUCCACAUCAAUGGCAAGCAUGGACUGGCGAUUAUCCAACUUUUGGGAAAUUAUGUGCCUAAGGCUGCUGGAGAAAAGCGAAUAUACGAUUUCAAUGCUCAUGAUGUGGCAGACAAGAUCUACUCUAAGUUCGCUUGCUCUCAGUCUACAUUCAUCCACACCACGUUCAUACAAGAAGCAGUGACAGAACAGCGCGCAAAAAGAGUCCGAAGGCCAAGGAAAAGAACAAAAUUUGCUUUGCAGGAUGGUACAUCAGCUGGUCUGAUGAAGACACCUACUAUUUCUGGGCAAGCUUCAGCCUGGCAUCUACAGGAACCAGCUCCAGACACGAACGAGAUACAUAGGCCGAUAUCAGAUGCCAGUAUCCAAGGUCAAAUUCAAUCGACAGACAAUGCAUGUUUGAGCUUCCAAUCGACUGCUUGUGAUUUCCACACCAUGUCCGAAGAUCCGGCCUCAGUAUCUAACAACACAUCGUCCUCCGGAUCUAAUCGGCAGACGCAGCCAAACCCACAUCAAGUGCCAUCUUCCAUCCAACAUCAUACCAGACACGAACCUUUAGUUCAAAGUACCUUAACCAGUUAUUGUCGACCGAAUGCUCCUGUGUCUUAUACGGGUGCCACGACACAUGAUGUUCCAAUCCCACUGGGAACAGAUUUGGCACAAGAAAACGAACAACAUUGGUCAAAUGCCUUAGUUCAAGUUGGCAUGUCUCAUCGACAGCAUUCAGACUGUGUGCCUUUCGACGAAACUGAUUGGCAAUCCAACAACAAUGACGAUACGCGACUAAAUCUGGGUAACAGAACUGAGCGGACCAAUACAGAGUAUAAUGAUCAAACCCAUUCCGGACAGGCAUAUGCUACCCGCAAUCUAGAUCUAGAUUGGAGUAUAAUGUUUACUGAUAUAGCGAGCAUGGACCCCUCGCAAGGUCUCGCAUAUAUGUCUGCAAAUCUGGAUUACGGAUGGACCCAAUCUCAAGGAUAA